CACCCCCCCAAAAAGCUCCGGUAAGAUCGAGCACUGUGGUCCCUCUCGAGAUGUCACCCACCCAACGCUUCUACGGCUCGGAGUAUCGCGCAGUGGAAGACUCCGAUAAUCCGGAUGAGGUGGAAGGCCCCACCGACGCCGAGUGCAAAUACCCGGCGUUCCCACCGAAAUCCACGACUAAUCGCAACCGAUACAUCAUCACGGGAAUCAUAUGGUCCGGUCUCCUGCUUCUGGGGUCCUUUCUAGGCCUCGGCAUUGUCCUGACCGUCCUACUAGCCGUCGAAACAGACAACACGGGUUUCAGCACCGACAAUCCUGACUAUGCUCUGUACAAGAACACCGGGUUCAAAGAAUGCAUCAGCACACCCGUAUCCGCCCUACCGUCCAACUGUUCCGUCAUCCGUGAGAGUCUCCGUAGUGAGCCAGGGGGUGUGUUGGCCCUGCUGCGUCCCCAUUUGCGCCACUCAAGCCAGAGUUGGUGCGAGGUCAUGAGUUGUUUUCAGGAUUUCAAGAUCAUUCCCUCUAUGCCCCGGCCCUCGGCCUUCUGGCCGACCGCGCUCGACACCUGGAACAAGACGGCCAUCACCUUCUUCAUGGCCACCUGGCAAGUGAACAAGCUCCACCAGGCCCUGUACAGCAAGAAAGGACAGCCCUGUCGGGGCAUCGAAUGGGACACGUGGGUCAUCCUCGCCUGGGAUCUGGGAUCCUUCGUCUGGUGGUGCGUAGGGCUGGGCCGGUUCGCCGUGCGACCGGCAUAUUACUCCCCCCCCUCGAUGCUGGGCUGGAUCACACUCUGGAAAUACUGCUACAUCACCCGGUAUCACCCCUACUCCUGCGUGCUUCGCCGUGCUCCACGAAAAGCUCAGAUCAUCCGGUGGACGCUCACCGCGGUGGCCACGCUGCAGUGGGCGGCGUCAGCUUACCUCUGCCUCCGCGCCCUGCACUUCCGCAACAUGCCCGGCACGCCGAAACCGGCCUACGACUGCCUGGAGGCGCGCUUCGCCACGGCCCCCGGCACCACAACCUGCACGCCCGCGCAGAUCUGCGCGACCCCGUCGCUGCUCCACUCCUUCAGCCUCCAGUGGCCCAAUCAACGACUCGGGGGUUGGAUCUCGGACGUCGCCUUCUUCGCCGCCCUGUCUGUCCUGGCCAUCAUCAUGGUCGCGGUAAUCGGCCUCUUCCCUCGACUGGCCCGGCUGAUUGGCGGCGGGAAUCUGGCCAAGUGGCGUCGGCGAGCGGCCACAGUGGACUUCGGGUUCGCGGGCAAUGUCUGCUUGGCGGGCGUCGCGUGCACCAUCUACGGUGGCAUGACGGUCGUGGAUGCCGUCCGCGCCUUUGGGCGGGGUCGCGAGGCGGCCGUCGUCUUCAAUUAUGAUUGCACCGCGCUGCAUGUCAAUGUGAGUCCGUGGAGGUAUUACUUGGAUGUUGACUAUGAGUUGCCUGUGAGGGUGGCGAGGAUGUGGUUCAAUGCAUAGUGGGUGCAGGUCCUGGGGGUUUCUUGUAUAUAAUGCGCCUUAAUGACUAGUGAUGAGAGCGUGAAGAUGAAUGAUCUUCAGCUAUCAGGCGAACUGUCUAACAUGGCGGCGAGCUGCCUGACCGAUGAGGAGGUCAGCCCUCUCCACAACUAGUCGAGAUACUCUCAGUUCCUGCCUAUCAGGUCUUUGCAUUCUGAAUGUGAUUCUCGACUACACCGGU